GCGGCCGGGACAGCCGGGGCGGGCGGGGGCCGCCGCGGGGCCGGCACAUUCCGGGCAGGCGCAGUGAGCGCACAGCGCUCCGGGCCCAUGGAGGCGGCGGGGCCGCAGCCCGCGCCGGGCCCCGCGGCGGGGCCGCAGCCGGGGGCCGAGGAGAUCGACAUGUCCCUGGAUGACAUCAUAAAGCGCCACAGGAAAGAGCAGACAGAUGCCAGCGCCGUGGGCGACAGCAGAAGGCAGCAGGUCAAGAACAGGAGUUCAGCCUCUGGCUAUGGGCGGCCCCGAUACCGAGCCUGGAAGCAGAGGAAUUUGCAAGGACCUCACCGUUUCAGAAGAGGCUUUGGACAGCAGCAGUUCAGUCGGAGACAAUUCAGGAAUGCCCUGCCUGGUCGCAAGAGGAGAGCAGCUGCUGCGUUCGAUGGAGUGAGCCCUUUAAAUCGCCAGGCGUCGGCUCAGGAGGGCACCAAGAGCAAUGCUUUUGCCAAAAGCAGCAGUGGGCAGCAGGAGGAGCAGCCACAGCCAUCUCCAGGCCCCAAGAGAUUCAGAGCAGAUGCUGCCAGCAUCCACACCCCAGGGAGAAGCAGGCCUUUCCUGCUGAACAGGGGACCAGCGUUCCAGCAGAAGCGAGUGCAGCAGUGGUUCAAAGCCCGCUUCCAGAGAGGGAUGGAUUCUCAAGGAGAAGGGAAACCGCCAAGGAUGAGAAGGUGGCAAGUGAAACCCAGCCCGGGAGCAAUUCUGACGGUUUCUGUGGUUAAUCCCCAGGCGGGCCAGCCCAGCCUGCCUGGAUCCAAGCACCCAUUCCUGCGAAGCCAGAGACCCCCAGCACGGGUGGCCAAGCCCCAGCCCAAGGGGGUGCUGCUGAGGUUCAACUUCCGCGCCAUGGCCAACCAGGUAGAGGAUUGUCGACGGGACAGGAGGCACCUGGCUCCCUGCAGCAGCCCUGCCACUGAGCUGUUAACGUCACACUCAGACCAGCCUGACGCUGGAUGAGAGGUUCUCUGGUCUGAGGAAUAAGAGGCGCUUUACAGCGGCCAGGAGCGCCGGACGGACGGUCACCAUGCCUUAGGACCGCGUGCUCGUCACAGGGACUGCCUGUGACAGUCCAGGCUCCGUGACAAGGCCUCAAUAAAAGUUGCUAGAUUCCCUUUGA